AUGAAGACUUUUAUCGCUUCUGCCGCCGCUGGGUUGGUAACUGCCAACUAUUUUCGAACUCAACACUCUGUUGAAGCUCAGAGUAUGAGAAAAACUGCUUUUUCUCAAGAGGAGUUUUUUGUAUACAAGCUACAGGAUGUGAAGAGCGAGACACAUGACACAAAGUUAUUUACUUUUGCCCUUCCUAAUAAUAAUAUGCCAUUGAAUUUUGAAGUUCCAUCUUGCAUUACUCUUCGUUUCGUGGAUGAAAAGGGUAAUGUCGUAAUGCGACCAUACACGCCUCUUAAUUUGCAGAAUGAUAAGGGUACUUUCGAACUAUUGAUUAAAUGUUAUCCUCAUUCAAAAAUGGGUACCCAUCUACAUAAUAUGAAAGUAGGCGAUACUAUUGAAGCACAAGGACCUUGGAAGACGAUGGAUAUCAAACCUUCCCAGUACGAACAUAUUGGCAUGUUGGCAGGUGGUACUGGUAUUACCCCUUUGUAUCAAAUUGCGCGCAAUUUUCUUGCCGAUUCAAGUAACACGACAAAGUUUUCAUUGGUAUCCUGCAAUAAAACAAGGGAUGAUAUUUUAUUAAAGAAUCGUCUUGAUUUAUUGUCACAGAAGAACCACGACAAAUUUACUCUUUUUUAUAUGCUUACAGAGGCUCCCAUUCUGUGGUUUGGCUAUAAGGGACAUAUUACAAAGUCUGUCAUUGGGGAAACUAUGCCAAGUCCCAAAUCCAGAGGAAAGGCGAUGGUUCUAGUAAGUGGUCCACCGGGUUUCAUGAAAGCAGUCUGUGGUGAAAAGUCAGGACGUUCCCAAGGACCUCUUGGAGGUUACCUGAAAGAAAUGGGUUAUUCAGAAGACAUGGUCUUCAAGUUCUGA